AUGAAUUACACCCGGAAAAGGGCUCUUCUGGCUUGCGACUUCUGCAGGCACAGGAAGAGACGAUGUGAUGGCCAGAGGCCGUGCUCGACAUGUCGUGAUUCGAAUGCCGAUUGCGUGUACAAGGAAUUGCCAUAUGAUCGUAUCGAAGAUGCCAGCCCCUCUGCUGUCGUUGACCGCCUGGCACGGAUAGAAGCUCUUUUAGAGCAACAGGGCCAGCAGCUCCGUCACCUGAGCACCAGUUCGACACCUACAACUACCUCCGUGGUCCCCCUAGAUUACUCACCGUCCCCAUUGUUCCCACAACCCACAGAAUUUACGGAUUAUCCACCACAGACACUCUUUGAAAACCCGACCGAGACACCGAAUUUCCUUAUACCAAAAGGUCACACGACAUUAGCCACAACUCUUCUCUCUGUUCCCCAAGUAAGAGAUAUUCUCGGCGACUACCCUAGAGACUAUUUUUACAACAUAGAGGAAAGCCAAGGCUUGCCGCCCGUCCUUGACAACCCUCGAAGCGAUCGUCAGGCGUGGCCAGCUUUGCGGCCCAAUGUACUGAACAAGCUGGCGGCAAACUACUUUCAAAACGUGCACCCCCAUCAUCCCCUGUUUAAUCCCAACACUUUUCGACAAUGGCAAACGCAACUAUUGAAGAAAGAACCCAUCGAAGACGCGGUAGCAGCAUUGUGCCUCUGCGUGUACGCACUUGGUAGCGUGACUUCGCCGCAAGCUUCAGCGCCGGGAGCCAGCGACGAAGUCCUUGGGAUGAAUUACUUCAAGCCUGCACUAGCCAUCAUCGUACACGAACACACAUGGAAUCUCAAGCCGGACCUGGCGGUCUGCCAAGCACUUCUACUCGCUGCGUCAUACUUUUCUCAUCUCGGACGGCCUCUGCACUGCUGGCGACUCUCUUUCUUCGCGUCGCAGAGGUUUCUACACUAUAUGGAGAUUCGGCGCGGCCAGGACCCCUAUUCACAAUGGAGCGAGACGGAGCUCCGCAUCUUCUGGCAGUGCUUUCUAGACGACUGCAACCGCGCCGAGGACCUGGACGUCCUGCGGAGUGGGAUGGAGCCACUGGGCGACAAGAUGCCGCUGCCGCACAGCAGCGACCCGAGCGACCACGAGGAGACGAUCCACUUUAUCGCCGAGAUUGCGGUGCGGCGGCUGAUGAACCGCGUGCAAAGCUCGCUAUACAAUCCCGAGACCGAAGGCAUGACGGGGGGCCACGCCGUAGGGGCCGCGAUCGACCCGGCCAUCGCCUGGCAAGGGCUCAGCCUGCCCAAGCUGCUCGCGCUCAGCUCUGAGCUCGACCGCCAGCUCGAGCAGUGGCACGCCUCUAUCCCCGACUACAUCCGCCCGCCGCGCGGCGUCGAGAUCAUCCCAUCAGACCGCGGCCGCGUGCUGCGUAUGCGCUACUACGCCACGCGGCACAUCAUCCACCGGCCGUUCGUCAUGUACGCCGUGAAUCAACAGCAGCAGCAGACACAGCAGCUGCUAUUGCCACAGCGAGGCAGCAGAAGCGGCGGUGGCGCGGGCUUGCCGGAACCCCUGCCGCCCGUCGUCCUGGAGAAGUGUGAGGUCUGCAUCGAGUCGUGCGUCACUUACCUGUACAACGCCGUCGAGAUGCUGGACCGGCGCUCGCCGUACCUGUGGACGAUCGCGCAGAGGUGCAUGGCGUGUCUGCUCGUGCUCAUGCUGACCGAGGGCUGCGAGCCGCUGCGCCAGUUUGUGCCGCCCAUGGAGCCGUUGCGUGCCAGCGUUGUGGCCAAGGUCAAGCGCUGGGCCGUCCCGGGUUCGAGUUUCGAAGCGCAGGUGGCGAUCCUGGAGGGUCUGGUGUUCAGGGACGGGCGCGAGGCUUAA